AGGAGAGCUCUGCGGCCGGACCGGGAAACCUCCCCAAACCCAGGCAGACCCGGUCCCGCUCGGAGGGGCUCGCCCGGCAUGUCGGCCGACGGCUGGGUGGGCACCUGGCGGCCCCACCGGCCCCGGGGGCCCAUCGCGGCCCUCUACACCAGCCCCGGGCCCAAGUACCGGCUCCCCAGCAGCGUAGGCUACCAGCUGCACGACCCGUCGCGGCACCGGGCGCCCGCCUACAGCUUGGGCAGCCGCCGGGCGCAGCCGCGGGACGCCUGCUCGCCGGGGCCGGCCUACCUGGUGCCGGCGCGCACCACGGCCAGGGGCCGCGACGCCUCCCCGGCCUUCUCCCUGCACGGCCGCCCCCGCGACCCGCCGCCCUUCCGCACGCCGGGGCCAGGUCGCUACCGCCCGGAGCUGGCGGGCAAGUGGGCCUUCCCCCGCGCCCCCGCGCACUCCCUCGCCGCCCGCACCGCCGGCCGCGCCGCCCAGCAGACGCCAGGCCCCGCCGCCUACGAGCUGCCGCCCAUGCUGGGUCCCCGCGUGGUGGGUCGCAGCUCGGCGCCCACCUUCUCCAUCCUGGGCCGCCGCCCCGCCGGCAGCUUCUGCGCCGACCUCAGCAAGACGCCGGGGCCCUGCGGCUACCGCGUGGUGGACGCCGACGUGUACAAGCGCCGGGCGCCGCGGUACAGCAUGCAGCCGCGCAACCCGCCGCCCGCCGCCGGCUCCCGGCAGCCCGGCCCCGGCGCCUACAGCCCCGAGAAGCGCGGCCGGCCCCGCGGCAUCACCUUCGGCGUGCGGCACUCGGACUACCUGGCGCCGCUGGUGCUGGAGGUGCCCGACUAGGCGGGCCGGGC